AUGACUAAGACACCACUCCUUUUCCAGGUAGCGUGGGUGCAGGUGGACACACAGACAGUGCUGACCAUCCAUGAUCAUGUCAUCACCAGGAACCCCAGGAUCUCUCUGCUACACAGUGAUGCUCGUACCUGGCAUCUCUACCUUACUAACGUCAGGGAGAAGGACCGAGGCUGGUAUAUGUGUCAGCUUAACACUGACCCCAUGCUCUACCAUCAAGGUUACCUUGAUGUUGUGGUGCCGCCGGAUAUCAUUGACCUGGAGAGUUCAGGCGACCUGACCGUCAGGGAGGGGGAAGAUGUGACCUUGAUCUGCCGGGCCAGAGGUCACCCGACGCCACACGUCGUCUGGCGUCGGGAAGACGCACAAGACAUCAUCCUGGACGAAGGAAACUCAGUGAAGGAGAUGGCAGGAGAGACACUGGUCCUACACACAGUAUCCAGGUUACAGAUGGGGUCAUACCUGUGUCUGGCUCACAACGGAGUGCCUCCCUCCGUCAGUAAGAGGACCCACCUCACUGUCCAGUUUCCGCCCAUGGUGUGGGUGCCACAGCAGCUGGAAGGUGCCCACCUGGGGCACCAGCUGGAUAUUGAGUGCCACGCUGAGGCCUACCCUCGGGGCAUCAACUACUGGACCAGCCCAGCUGGUGAUAUGAUUGUUCCAGGACAGAGGAUCGAGACCACAGUGAGGUCGGAGGGAUCAUACAAGGUCAAGAUGACCCUGAGAAUCAAAGAAGUGACCUUUCAGGACCUUGGCACCUUCCUCUGUGUGGCCAAGAACUCUCUGGGGGAGACGGAUGGUUCUGUACGUAUCUACGGUCUGGGUGACUACGACAAUACAACACGUCCUGACAACACCUACAAGAGUCCUGAAGAUGGGAAUGACAGAGGCGAAAUAGGUCUGGACCAAGGCGCUGGAGAAGACUCCCUGACGAGUUCGGUGGUCCAGUUCGGUACAGCCACCCGGGACAGUGGUACCUUGAUGGUCCGGUCCAGCAGUACCAUGGUAAUGAUGGUUCUUAUGGUACCUGGGAUGACCAGACUGCUGUAGCUACCAUUCUACCACCUCUCUCUCUUGUCUGUGUUGUGAACGUACUCGUAGUGUACUCUAGCACAAGUGGGACAGCGAGAGUACUAUAGAGUACAAGAGACUACACGAGGCUGGUUGGUAAGCUUGAAACUUACCGACUGCACGACGGUCAUCAGUGCUACUCUACACCUGUACAUUACCAGUCAAGACAGCGUCUCCUGACCUGGCUCCCAGUAAGGUCACGACCUGGGGUCCCAGUCUGGUCACGACCUGGGGUCCCAAUCAGGUCACGAACUGGGGUCCCAGUCACGUCACGACCCCUUCACUAUUAAAUUAAGAAAGGCACACAAUCAAACUCUAGCACAUGUCAUCACAUUUCUCUACUGGGACCUUGAUCACAUCUAACACACAAUGAUUACAAAGACAGCAUUUAUAUAGAUUAGAAAUGAUCAAGGUCCCAGGAUCAAUGCAUCUUCUAAUAAAUACUCCUAGUGUUUGUUUACGUGUGUUUCCAGUGGCUAUCAACCUCACAGAGGAUCAUUACGACUCUAACAUGACUCAC